AUGGACCUCGAAGCGCGUGAGCAGGAGGCGCAGCCGCUCCUUGGUAAACUGGGACGCAGCAAGUUCGUCUCGGUUUCAUCCAAGCAGCAGGCGUUCCAGGCUUCGAUUUCACCCAAGACAUUCACCUGGAGAUUGCUUGUUUUGGUCUCUGGCCCGCAGCUGGCUUUCGUGGCGAUGCUCUUCCUGGUGAACAAGUUUCUGUACUGGCACCCGGUUCUCGUCUAUUCCUUUGCCGGGCUCACCCUCUCGCUGAGUACGUGGGUCUUGAAGUUCUAUCGCAAGGAGCCGUGGCAGCUGUGGCUGGGCCGCUUCAUGCUGGCCUCUACGGUCUUGGGUCUCGUCUCAGGCUGUCUGAUUUAUUUUACGAGCUCCGUCUACUACUACCACUAUGCGGGUGCCGCAACUUAUACGAGCGUUGUUCCUUCCCAGCCGGCCGAAAGCAUUCUUGAUGCUGGCAUUGUGAACUUUGCCGUGGGAAGCGGUGUUGAUGCCUCCAGAUCCAUUGGAUUCCAAUCUGCAGCUGACGGUGCAGUCAUCUGCCUGGCACCAAUCGUCGAUGCAUCCAUGAAGCCGCAGACACCGGUGAACGUGUUCGCGUACGGCAUCAAUUGCUGUGGCUGGCGCGGCAACUUCCACUGCGAUGAUGCGCUGAAGCCAUCCGCACGAUAUGGUCUUGUCCGACCUGAGCCGGCAGCCGUCCUCCCCCCGUUACUGCGGGAUCUGGCCUCGGGUCCCAGCGAGGAGACCCUAGCGGCUGCCGUGCGUUUACAGCAGGCCUCAUUUGGUGGAUCAUCAGAGCCGGUGAAGAACAUCUUCGUGCGUUAUGUCAAUGACCCACUUCUUGCCAAAAUGAGCUUUGUUGACACGGCCGUUCUGGCAGCACUGUCCUGCUCCAGCCUAUGCUUGGUGGGCCUCAUCGCCUGUGCUUCUCUUGCGAUUCUUGGAGCCGGCAAGGUUCGACUGAUCCUGCAGCGACUUGUUGCGUGA